ACACUCGACGCAAGAGAUACCGGCUAGCUAUGUACUAUGGUAUCGAGAACAGCCCCCGCUGCCGAUCGUGCGAAGAGAAAGAUCGCGCGUGUACGCAAAGUACUACCAGCAGGGCCAACGGUUGUACUUCAUGUGGCUUUAGCAAGUAUGCGUGCUCCUUGAAAGAAGACGAUACCGAUUAUGAGGAUAUCACGGGUGACUCUUCACCGGAUCAUGUGCAAGCUGAGGAGCAACACGUCCAGCCGUCGCCCGAUGAGGGACCUAGCUUACGUCGUCCGACCUUCACAUCCAUCAACCGGGAGCCAUCUCAUAUCCGAACGCGCGAGACUUCCGUUAUCUCACGCUCAAGAAGUGCAAGUCCUCGAAGGACCGCUCCUGUAGCCAACAUGCAGAACAUGGCCCCUCGCCAGCGCGUAGUGAUCGAGAUACUAGAGUCCCCCCCCUUGUCUCCCCUUUCAUCGCCCCCUUCUAGAUCUUUGAUGGCAAAUGGAAAACAAAUUGAUCUGACUGCCGAGAGGAACCAGAACCGAGAGGACAUUCUCCAAGAUCGUGGGAAUCUCUACAAGCUCGCUAAAGAGUUCCAACAGCUCAAAGACGAGUAUGGUGCAGAGAUCUACGAGCUCAGAGAAAGUGUCUCACAACUCAAAGAUAAGCAUGAUGCAGAAUUCCGCGAGCUCAGAGAAAGCAUCUCUCAAACUGGUGGCCAUAUCAAUCAGCUUAUGGGCGGCUGCCGCGAACUCACAAGGCACAUCUCCCAGCUAAGGGAUCACAUUCGCGAAACUGAUGAGGGACUCCGCGCCACUAAGAGACACCUGAACCACUGUGUCACCGUGGCCUGGGGGCGACUACCACGACAAGCUUAA